AUGCCCAACUCACCAACUGACCACUUGUCUUUUGGGCGUCUAUUUCGGCUCUUCUCACGUCCUGAAAUCACCAUCAUUGCUGACCGCAACGCCAUUUAUAUUCAUUAUCUAUCUAUCUAUCUAUCUAUCUAUCUAUCUAUCUAUCUAUCUGUCAUUCCACUCUCUCUCUUUUUUAUUUUAAUGCUUUGCUUACCUUACUCUAUCUAUCUAUCUAUCUAUCUAUCUAUCUAUCUAUCUAUCUAUUGCAUUGUUUUUCUGUUUCUUUUUAUGUUUCUAUCUAUCCAUCUAUCUAUAAUUUAUAUUACUGGUUGGUUUAAAACACUGACGAUGCGGCUUAUCUUCGGCGCUCGAGAUAAUAGCACGUUUUCGUCUUGUACUAAGAGUCACUGUUCAAAUUCAGGUAUAAGUGGAGAUUUAGUGCGCUGCUUCCGAGUUAGAGUGGCCACCUCUGUUUAUAAACUAGUGGUUGUGGACCGCCCUAUCUUUUCUUUGAGGCAGAAUAAUUCAUGUAGAGCCAAUAUCUACACUUUUGACUAUAUUGAUAUAUCUAUGCAUGAAAUAAGUGCACAGCGGAGAAAAGUGUUGGUACAAUUAUGUCACCAUUUCACACUUUCAUUUCAUCUUUCUCACUCCUCGUCUCUCUCUCUCUCUCUCUCUCUCUCUCUCUCUCUCUCUCUCUAA